AAUUGCCAAUCACAAGAAGAAAAGGCUUCCUGCCUGAGCUUGCUGCCCCGUUCUCUGCUUUCCUGACUGACAGCUUUGGCCGUCAGCACAACUACCUGCGGAUCUCCCUGACUGAGAAAUGCAACCUCAGAUGUCAGUACUGUAUGCCAGAGGAGGGAGUUCAGCUCACCCCUAAAUCAGAGCUUCUCACUACCCAGGAGAUAAUCACCCUUGCCAGGCUCUUUGUGAAGCAAGGUGUGGACAAGAUCCGAUUGACUGGAGGAGAACCGCUCAUCCGUCCUGAUGUGGUUGAUAUUGUGGGUCAGCUGUACAAGCUAGAAGGGCUACAAACUAUUGCUGUCACAACCAAUGGGAUCAAUUUAGCUAGGCUGCUGCCACGGCUGAAGGAUGCUGGACUGGAUGCCAUUAACAUCAGUUUGGAUACUCUUGUUCCGGCCAAAUUCGAGUUCAUCGUCCGGAGGAAAGGCUUUCAUAAAGUAAUGGAAGGAAUCCACAAAGCCAUUGAACUUGGGUACAAUCCUGUUAAGGUGAACUGUGUAGUGAUGAGAGGCCUCAAUGAGGAUGAACUGUUGGACUUUGUGGCACUCACACAGGACCAGCCACUCGAUGUGCGGUUCAUUGAAUACAUGCCCUUCGAUGGUAACAAGUGGAAUUUCAAGAAGAUGGUGAGCUAUAAGGAGAUGCUGGAUACAGUCAGGCAGAGAUGGCCUGAGUUGGAGAAGCUGCCCUGCGAGGCCUCCAGCACAGCCAAGGCUUACAAGGUACCGGAUUUCCAGGGGCAGAUCAGCUUUAUUACUUCCAUGUCUGAGCACUUCUGUGGAUCUUGCAAUCGGCUGAGGAUAACAGCAGAUGGGAACCUCAAGGUGUGCCUUUUUGGGAACUCAGAAGUGUCCUUGAGGGAUCACCUACGGUCCGGUGCUUCGGAGGACAAAUUGGUUCAAAUCAUCGGAGCAGCAGUGGGCAGGAAAAAGAAACAGCAUGCUGGUAUGUUUAACAUUUCCCAGAUGAAGAACCGGCCAAUGAUCCUGAUCGAGUCAGCAUUGAGAUCUUCCCCACUGCUGCAAGAUACCCUGCGGAAUUCCCAAAGUUCAAAGCAAGGGGGCCACAGACCUGGCCACCGGCAAAUGCUGAGAACAAGUUUAUCCAAGCAGAUGGGAAAAGCAUUGAAGAAAAAUGUGUUUACAGGGCAGCAUACCCUGCCAGGAUCUCGCUCCGCACAACAGCCGCUUGCAGCAGAAAUUCUGCACACUCAAGCAAGAGGCAUUUGCAUCUUCCAAAAGUAUUUGAACUCUAGCUCGGACACCAAGUGCCUUAGGACAGGAAGUUCUUCUAUUACGCACACCAGCCAAAUUGCUGUGGACAGUCCCUCUGGGGCAGCUGCUGCUGAAAACCAGUCAGAAGAAAAGGGCCCAGGAUCUCAGUCCAAAGCCAUACGUUCUGACUUAUGCACCAGCGGACCUGGUCCCUCUGACAGCCUGACUCAUGUUGACCAAGAGGGGCGGGUGGCCAUGGUAGAUGUUGGAAGGAAACCCGAUUCCGAAAGGACUGCAGUGGCUAGUGCUGUGGUGCGCCUGGGUGAGAAGGCAUUUGGGAUGGUGCAGCAGAACCAGCUGAAGAAAGGGGAUGUUCUGGCAGUAGCCCAGAUCGCAGGGAUUCAGGGAGCCAAGCUGACCAGCCAGCUGAUCCCACUGUGCCACAACAUCCCUCUGAGCCAGGUGGACGUGUCUCUGAGCUUGGACAAGAGGAAGUGCGCGGUGGUGAUCCAGGCCUUCUGCUGCAGCCAGGGUAAGACGGGCGUGGAGAUGGAAGCACUGACGGCUGCCAGCCUGGCUGCCCUGACUGUGUAUGACAUGUGCAAAGCGGUCACUCAUGACAUCGUCAUUGAAGAGGUGAAGCUGCUGAGCAAGACGGGAGGGCAGAGGGGAGAUUUCCAGCGUGGCUAGCACUUAUCCCGGAACAGGAGCAUCCCCACAUGGGCACUGAGGGGCCAUAUCAGCAGUCAGACUGGGGAAACAACAGCCAUCCUAUAAAAGAAUGUGACCAUCUCUGAGUGGCCAGGCCAUCUUACUGCUUGGUCGGCAAUGGCAGAUCACUAGUGUCUGGCCUACGGGAAACGAGAUUGCUCCUCCGUUCAGCAAGUCUCCGCAUGCAUCCAUGACCAUGCUUAGCAGCCUUGCUAGUAGCCUGGGCAGCGGGGCCAAGAGUUCAGUGAGACUAUGGAGCCUCGCCUUGCUGCCAUGGAUCAUAAUUGAGGCUCUUCAGCCCUCUGGUAUCAGGGAGACUGGCCGGGCUGCUGCAACCCAUCCAGUGCUUAGACAGGCACUGGCUUCCCUUGGCAAAUGAAGAACACAGUUAGGACAGUUUGUACGUUUGAUCAGUGACUGUGGCUUAUGAAUUGCUCCUUUCUCCCCACCAAAAUUGAAAUAGGAUAAAACGUCAGGAGGAGACAACGGGAGUCAUUCUGGCUGUGUCUAGACUGGCCAGUUUUUCCGGAAAAUCAGCCGCUUUUCUGGAAAAUCUUGCCAGCUGUCUACACUGGCCACUUGAAUUUCCGCAA